ACAUUGGUUGUUUGUCCAAACUUAUGUGUGGUGGCCAGCAGUAGUCAGUGCCACUCUGCAAUGGCACAUGUGGCUUCCCACAAGCUCUUUGUGUUGUCAGUGAUAAGAUUUGGUUUUUGUAAUCUCUUACAGCCACCAGCACAGUUUUGAAUGCAUUCAAGACCAGUGAAAUAUUUUUGCUUUUGUGAUUGGUUUUUUUAUGAUUUUUGCUGAUACUCUGUUGGGGUCAAUCCUAGGUCCUACACAUAAAUAAACCCCACUCUCCCUGAGUGACAGCCCCAGACCUGUUUUUUAUAGUUUUGCCUUCUCUCUCCUUUUUUCCCAUAAAUCAUCAGAGGUGUUCCAUGAUUGGCUCCUGACUUCUCUAUGCUGAAAAUCCCUUGGAGAAUCAUCAUCCUUUGGCGAUGAAAAAUGUACCUUGGAAGAUCUGAACGCAGCUAACGUUUUGUCCUUUGAAAACACUUGGCAUCCUUGUGUGUAUGUUGACUACAGAGAGAGUGAGAGUGGGAAGAUAUUUUUAGCCCUUGUUUCUAAGGAUCCAGGCCAGGACGUUCUCUGAGUAGCAAGGACUGGAAUCGGAGCUCCUCUCCACAGCUUGGUUCUGGUGCCUUAGCUUUCGGGAAUGUCAGCUUUUUAGGGGUCUGGAGAGAUGGUUCUGUGGUUAAGAGCACUGACUACUCUCCCAGAGGACCUGGAUUUGGAUCCCAGCAACCACACAUGGCAGCUCACCACUAUCUGUAAUUCCAGAUCCAGGGGCUCUGAUACCUCCACUCAGCUUAGCCUGACUCCGAGACUUGUGAAUAGCUUCAUGAACACGGGGAGGCUAGCUGGACAGCUGAGAGAAGCCAUGUCUGCAGCAUCCGGCAGGCCAAUGAUUCAGCCGGAGCCCUCCCUGUGGCUGGGAAGCCAGAGCCGAUGGCUCGGUCUCUUGCUUCUGCUCCUGUCUCUCCUUGGCAUCACAUGGACAGAGGUUCAACCACCCCAGCCAAAGCAAGAUCCCACUCUGCAAGCCCUGAGCAGGAAGGAGAGUUUCUUAAUCCUCACCGCACACAACCGACUGCGCAGCCGGGUCCACCCUCCUGCAGCCAACAUGCAGAGAAUGGACUGGAGCGAGAGCCUGGCUCAGCUAGCUGAAGCCAGGGCAGCCCUUUGUGUCACUUCAGUCACCCCAAACCUGGCAUCUACCCCAGGGCACAACUCACAUGUGGGCUGGAAUGUGCAGCUAAUGCCCAUGGGCUCAGCAUCCUUUGUCGAAGUGGUCAACCUCUGGUUUGCUGAAGGGCUGCAGUACAGACAUGGGGAUGCUGAGUGUGCCCACAAUGCCACCUGUGCCCACUACACACAACUUGUGUGGGCUACCUCCAGCCAGCUGGGCUGUGGGCGGCAGCCAUGCUUUGUGGACCAGGAAGCCAUGGAAGCCUUUGUCUGUGCCUACUCCCCUGGAGGCAACUGGGAUAUAAAUGGGAAGACAGUCGCCCCUUACAAGAAAGGCACCUGGUGCUCCCUCUGCACAGCCAGGGUCUCGGGCUGCUUCAAGGCCUGGGAUCACGCAGGGGGGCUCUGUGAGGUUCCCAGGAACCCAUGCCGCAUGAGCUGCCGAAAUCUCGGACAUCUCAACAUUAGCACUUGUCGCUGUCACUGUCAACCUGGCUACACAGGGAGGUACUGCCAAGUGCGCUGCAGUGUACAGUGUGUGCACGGCCAAUUCCGGAAAGAAGAAUGUUCCUGUAUCUGUGAUGUCGGCUAUGGGGGAGCCCAGUGUGCCACCAAGGUGGGCUUUCCCUUCCACACCUGUGACCUGAGGAUUGACGGAGACUGCUUCAUGGUGUCUCCUGAGGCAGACACCUACUAUGGAGCCAAGAUGAAAUGUCAGGGAAAAGGUGGGGUGCUAGCCCAGAUCGAGAGCCAGAAAGUGCAAGACAUCCUUGCCUUCUACCUGGGCCGCCUGGAGACCACCAACGAGGUGACUGACAGUGACUUUGAGACCAAGAAUUUCUGGAUUGGGCUCACCUACAAGGCAGCUAAGGAUUCCUUCCGCUGGACUACUGGAGAACACCAGUCCUUCACCAGUUUUGCCUUCGGGCAGCCUGACAACCAGGGGUUUGGGAAUUGUGUGGAAAUGCAGGCAUCUGCUGCCUUCAACUGGAAUGACCAACGUUGUAAAACUCGAAACCGUUAUAUCUGCCAGUUUGGUGAGACCACGCUCUCGGCUCCCUUCCUCCAUUACCUCUCUCCUGAUAUGUUAACAGCCUGCUCCAUGCUGUUAGGAUAUCCAAGCCAUAGGUACAAAGUGUGUCUGAGUACACGAGUCAGACAUGGUUUCCUGCUCAGGACCUUGUAUUUGCAAGGUCAAGGGAAUGGUGACAGCCCAGCUUUGAAUACCAUGUUCAUGCAGAGAAACAAGACCGGAGCCACAUCUUUUGUUGUUGUUGUUGUUUUGUUUUUCAAGACAGGGUUUCUCUAUGCAGUCCUGGCUGUCCUGGAACUCACUCUGUAGACCAGGCUGGCCUCGAACUCAGAAAUCCACCUGCUUCUGCCUCCCAAGUGCUGGGAUUACAGGUGUGCUCCACCACUGCCCGGCUUUCCUUAAAGUUUUAUUUUAUUUCAUGUAUAUGAGUACACUGUAGCUGUCUUCAGACACACCAGUGUUCAUAUCUGCUGAGCCAUCUCUCCAGCCCUGGAUUCCACAUCUUGCUUGGGAGUUUUCCAGGGUUCCUCUGCUUCUGUCAUGAAAACUAUCACCUGGGGGAUCUGUCAGGUCCUUUACUGUGUCUCAAUUACCUACAGCCCAAUAAGAUCUGGGGGAGGAGACAGAAGUGGAACCCGGACCAACAUCAGCUCCCAGCGUUCACCUAUUAGAAUUUGGAGUUCUCCAAGAGAUCACAGCCAUGAUGGGUACAGCGGAGUCCCCAUCAUAGAAAGAUUCACUCUGUUAUGCUUCCUUUCCAGCUCAGAAGCACUAUUCCCGGUGGGAGCCAGGGCCCUGAGCCUGGCCAAUCAGCUCUCCUGCCAGCCCCUGAAUGCACAAAUCAGUUUGCUGGACUUCUCACCCGUGUGAAACAAGUGCCUGGCUAGGACUAAAUGCCCAACCUCCCAAGAGGUCUCAGACCUUCCACAAUGCUGGACGCUGGGUAAGAUAGUAGUGUAGCCCAUGGGAAACAAAUAGGAAGUGGAACAAGAGCCUAGCAUGGGAAGAGAAGCGCCAGCAUCCUCAGCCUGCCUCUGAUGGGAAA